UAAAAAUGCUAAUAUCUGGAAUGCAAUUGAGGCAUUCGCUAACACCUCGCUAUUUUGCAGGUGUGUUUAAUAAGCGUAAGCCCACUAAGAAAGAUCUUGAUCAUUAUGAUGUUGUAAUUAUUGGGUGCAAUUUAGGAGGUGUUUUGAGCAGACAGCUUGAUAAGGUAUUAGGAUAUUUAGAUGAUAUAUUAGGUUUCACAUGGAAAAUACAAGACUAUGGUUGUGUUGGAUUAGAAUAUCAAUUAAAUAACACCAAUUAGAUAGAUUUAUGAAUAAUAGAAGACAGCAAAAACAGAUUUCUUAUUAAAUGCCAAAUUGUCACUCAAUAUGUUCACAGCUCAUUCAGAUUAAGUGGGAUGCCAAACAAUAUUACCUGAAGAGAAUGCUAUAAUUUUAAGGAACGGUAGAAGAAUUGGUUAUGGUCAAUUAGUUGUAGCUAUGGGUAUUAUAUAUAUAUGUUAACAUUUUGUUAGGUUAAUAAGUUAAUUAUGAUUCAAUUAAAGGAUUUGAAGAUGCUUGGUAAGAUUUUGAUUCACCAGUAUUUACAAAUCUUGAUCAUCCAAGUUGGCGUUCAUCUAAUCAUAAAUAUACAAGAUGGCAUUAUAAUUUCAAUCAUGGUGAAGCAUAUUUCUGCAUUCCUUAAUUCCCAUUUAGUGGAGAAGUAGAGUCGUAUAAUUUCUUAUUGAGUUAACGCAUUUGGGAAUGGUAAACAGCAAAUGGUCGUUAAUCACCAAUUAAAAGACUCACAAUUAUUUAACCAAAUGAGAGAUUUGUUUAAUACAAUGAUUCAGGUGAUUAAUUCUUCAAAGAAGAGAUUAAACGUAGAAACAUUAAUGUUGAAUAUGGUUUGAAAUUGGUCGAGGUUAAUAAAUAGUAAAACACAGCAACUUUUGAAGAUGUUAAAACUGGUAGCAGAUAAACAAGACCAUUUAAUCAUUUAUAUGCAGUAGCUCCAACUAAACCUCAUGAUUAAUUAGUGAAGGCUGGCCUUACUACUUAAAAGGGAUUAUUAGAUGUUAAUAUCAAAACAUUAUAACACAAUAAAUAUAAGAAUAUAUUUGGUCUUGGUGAUGUGAAUGAUGUUCCUACAACUAAUUGUUUCUGGGCAGGAUUCCAUUAACUUCAUGUUGUUAGAAAUAAUAUAGAAAGAAAUAUUGCAGGUAAAUCAUUAAAUGCAGAAUAUGAUGGUUACAGUAAAGUACCAAUUUUGUUAGGAUAAAAUACAUUAACAUUCUUGUGCCACAAAUAUAAUAAUGAGAAUGCAUGGCAUAAUCUUUAUUUCUCAAAUGGAGGCUUUUUGGCAGCUUUAAGGUAAAAUACUAAUUCAUAAAUUACCUAGAUAUUAUAAUUGGUGCAAGAACUUUAAGAAAGCAUUCAUAGACAUUUAUUUGGAAAAGAAUUGGGGACCUCCUUAUUACAAAAUUAAGAAGAGCUUCAAAUUGCCAGAAGGUGAAAGUAAUGAUCAUGGAUUUUUAGCUAAGUUUUUACCUGGCAAGAAAGAAGCACAUUGAAAUACAUACAAAU